CUCGCCAACGCCCGCGAGCGGAGCCGCGUGCACACCAUCAGCGCCGCCUUCGAGGCGCUGCGCAAGCAGGUUCCCUGCUAUUCUUAUGGUCAAAAGUUGUCCAAACUAGCCAUCUUGAGAAUAGCCUGUAACUAUAUCCUUUCCCUGGCCAGACUAGCAGACCUGGAUUACAGCGCUGACCACAGUAACAUGAGCUUCUCCGAGUGUGUGGAGCAGUGCACUAGGACCUUACAAGCCGAAGGAAGAUCUAAAAAAAGGAAGGAGUAAUCCCAAGGAAGGGAGGACUCAGAAGCGCUUCCAGCCAGAGUUACAUCUAGCCUUGGCAAAGGCUGCAUGAUCCAGAUGAAGACUGCAAGCAGCUCAUUUUUUUUUUGCAGAACCCCCUUUUUCAAGACUAUGAUCGGCCAAGGAACUUUCUUCAUCUCUGGGACAGGAAAAAGAAAAAGAACAUUAAAGGACGGAGAUGCUUCUUUCUUUUUUUAAAGCCAGCCACCUUUUAGUAUGUGCAAUUUAUUUAGCACUUUUCCCUUUGCUUAACUGGGAAACGUUCCCCUCUCGGCUCAUGUGUACAGUAAUUUGUUGUUGUUGUUGUUGUUGCUGUUGUGCCAAAGAUCAGAUGGAGCUUCUACACUGUGUCUUAUUUUUUG